CUUCUGUAACAAUUAACAUUUGUGCCAGAGGGCUGUAGGGUGGAUGUUAACCAUAUCUGCAGUCUGUUUUUUUCAGCCUUUAAAAGACACAUUUAGGGAGGUGAACACCGUGCGGCUGAAGCAGAGAGGAUGCCCGUGGAGAGGACGGAGCCCCGCGGAGCCGACGAGCUCCACAAAUACUAUGAAAUCUAUGAAACCAUAGGCUCAGGAGGUUUUGCAAAAGUCAAACUGGGUCGACACAUUUUGACGGGAGAAAUGGUUGCGAUUAAAAUUAUGAACAAGAAGGACCUUGGGGAUGAUCUUCCUCGUGUGAAAGUGGAGAUUGAAGCAAUGAAAAACCUCAGUCAUCAGCACGUCUGUCGUCUCUACCAAGUUAUUGAGACCUCCACCCAGAUCUUCAUGGUGUUGGAGUACUGCCCAGGCGGAGAGUUGUUUGACUACAUCAUUGCAAAAGACCGUCUUUCAGAGGAGGAAACCAGAGUAUUUUUUAGGCAGAUCGUGUCUGCAAUUGCUUACGUCCACAGCCAGGGUUAUGCACACAGAGACCUUAAACCGGAAAACUUGCUGAUUGAUGCAGACCACAAUUUGAAGCUCAUUGAUUUUGGCUUAUGCGCAAGACCUAAGGGAGGUCUGGGCUAUGAGCUUAUGACGUGUUGUGGAAGCCCUGCUUAUGCUGCUCCUGAGCUCAUUCAGGGAAAAGCAUAUAUAGGUUCAGAGGCUGACGUGUGGAGUAUGGGAGUGCUGCUGUUCGCUCUGCUCUGUGGAUACCUGCCUUUUGAUGAUGAUAACUGCGUGGUCCUCUACAGGAAGAUUACGAGAGGUAAAUAUGACAAUCCACAUUGGCUUUCUCCAGGCAGUAUCCUCCUCCUCAACCAGAUGAUGCAGGUGGACCCCAAGCGGCGUCUCAGUGUCAGGCAACUACUGGACCAUCCCUGGGUGCUGAAAGAGUACAACAGUCCUGUGGAGUGGCACAGCAGACGGCCGCUUGGUCACAUAGAUGAAGACUGUAUCACCGAGAUGGCGGUCAACAUGAAGCGAUCAAGAGAGAGCACAACAGCACUGGUGAAGGAGUGGCGAUACGACCACACCACAGCUACCUACCUUCUGCUGCUGUCAAAGAAGCAAAGGGGCAAGCCUGUCAGACUGCACGCUCAACCAGCUUUCUAUGAGGACUCCUGCUCUCCAUUGCACCAGGGAAUCCAGUCAAAGGAAGCCCUUCACUUCAGUGAGGAUGAGGAUGCUGUCAUUGUUGGCUCUCUGGACUUCUGCUCUGACUACAUUGAUGAUUACCCAUGGUCUUCAGUUACACCACAUACACCUCAGAGAGUGAGAGAAACCCCAAAUAACAAGAGAGUGGGAUCUCCUGCAAUGGAGAGGAGGUAUGGACACAGCCCGACUCCCGAGAGGGGGCGAACAGCAGCACACCACCGCCAGGAGAGACGGGACAGAGACAAAACCAGAGAAAACAAGGAGAAUAUUGCUGUGCAGGAGAAGGAUGCUGAAAAAUUCUUAUUGCCUCCUCCUCAUACUCCUGUGUCCAGUAAGAAGAAUGCACGACCCGCCAAGAAUGUUUUGACCACACCUAAUCAAAAUGUCAAUGCAGUUUCACCUAAAGGUGGAGGCAGUGCCGCUAAAGAGCAGAACAAGAAGAAGGUAGCAGAGACCAAGGAGCCUGCAGACCUUGAAAUAGUGGCUUUGAGUCCUGAGCGAAGGUCUCGCUCUUUGGAUAUGGCAGGUCUGGAAGACAGCGGGAAGAAGAAAAGAGCAGGGAAAGUGUUUGGGUCAUUGGAGAGAGGCCUCGACAAGAUGAUCACCAUGCUCACUCCCAGCAAGAGACGAGCUCUGCGUGAUGGUCCUCGUAAGAUCAAGGUUCAGUACAAUGUGACCCUGACUAGCCAGACCAACCCAGAUCAGGUUCUUAACCAGAUUCUCUCCAUCCUGCCCACAAAAAACGUUGAUUUCACACAGAAAGGGUAUACUCUUAAGUGCCGGACAUGGGGUGACUUUGGGAAGGUGACCAUGGCCUUUGAGUUGGAGGUGUGUCUUCUGCAGAGGCCAGAGGUUGUUGGAAUUCGGCGCCAGAGGCUGAAGGGGGACGCCUGGGUCUACAAGCACCUUGUGGAGGACAUCCUCUCCACAUCCAGUAUUUGAGGGAGCCAAAGUCUUUUUUUUUUUUUUUCCUAAUCUUUAUUUCAAACAUGUAGACUGUGAAAUGAAAACAAAACCAACCAACAAAAUAUUAGUAAUGAUAGUCAGCACUUUUCACCUAUUUCAAAAUCUGGGGACUGUUUUUUUUUUCAUUAAUAUAAUACCAUUUCUGCAGUGUCUCAGCACAGUAAUGAUCUGUGUUUCAUUAUUCGUGUUAAAUAUUGUCUUAAGGGCAGCCUGCUGCCCCCAGAGUAAGUGUUACAGUAAAUAUAUGAGCGGCACGUGUUUGGCUCCUGUACAGUAGUUUUACAUAGAAUAUUGUAUGGGUGUUUUUUUUUGUUUUGUUUUGUUUUGUUUUCAUUUCACAUUAACAAUUAAGUGAAAGGGAUUCUGUUUCAGUUCUCUUGAGAUGAAAACAUGUGUAUGAAAUGUAACAAGAUUAUUUCCGCUAUACCUACUAGCUGCUUGUUACCAUAUUUAUGUUGAUGUUAUUCUCCCCUGUAGGUAUAACUCGGAUCGACUAACAAAGAAACAGAGCAUUAUUAAUUUACUGUCAUUAGUUUUUAUGUACAUAUGUUUACAAAUCUUCAGUCAUGUUAUUUUAGAUGUUUGUAUUGUCUGUUCUGACUUUUUAAUGGUGCUUUUGUGGUUUUCAUUGUCUGUCGCAUUGUGUCUGUAAAAGUACUACUUGCGAUUUUAAAAGGAGUAAAAUAAAUACUUUUGAUAAUUGUG